AUGCUCACCGAAAUAUCAGCCAGCACAUCGACGACCCCGACGCCUGAUCCAUCGCCUUCACCCGCUAGUACUGAUACAAAUGCCGAGUCACCGGCGGAGGGCUCGCCCUCUGCACCCCAGCACGUGGUGCCUUCCCGCAGUACCAGCCGCCCCGACGGUGUCAAACCUAAGCGAAAACGGGCACGGGUAUCUGCCGAGCAGCUCGUACAUCUCGAAGCAAUAUUCGUAGUCGACAAGUGUCCGACUGCUGCCCGGCGCAAGGAGAUCUGCGCGCAGCUCGGGAUGACGGAGAGGCAGACACAGAUUUGGUUCCAAAACAGGCGCGCCAAGGCCAAGUUACAAGCACGUCAAAAAGCCUUUGCUGCACCGGAGGCCAGUACCUCCGAAGCAACGGACAUUUGUCCUGAACCCGACAUGCAUGAUCGCAUACACGAGGCCGGACCCGUAAUGUUUAUUCCGUGCACGGAGCUGGUCAUCGGAAGCUGGAAGCGUAUCGCGACGACGGCCGGCAAGCAUGACCUCCUUGCAUAUGUGCAUGAUACAACCGGUAUACGCUGCAUGUCUUGGUUUGUCCAUUGUGCCGGAACAGGCUUCAAGAUGGACAUUCCCUUGUAUUCGAUCGUCGGCAUGAAUGUCACGUCAGCCGACCGUGGCGUUGCUCGCGUCGUGUUCACGCUGUCGCGCCCUCCGUUAUUUUUCACCGACGCUAGCCCGCCGUCAGCAUCCAGUGAAACACCCCGCAAGCAAUGGAGACGCUGCCCGGACUGGACGGAGGAUGCACAAGCCACAGCGGUCCUCCAGCACGUCGUAACAGGUCCUCACCUCGACCUGACCGCUGCUUUGCAGAAAUUCAAUCUGCUUGACCCUGGCGGCACAUCGAUGACGCAUUCAACACCGCCACCGCCACCAUUACGACGCCCGCAAUAUCAAAAUUCGGCCGUCAUAUCGAUGGCGCCGCUGCCUACCAUGCACCAAAAUAGCAUUUUAUAUCAGCCGCUAAGUUACGAAGGCCCGUCCUCUCUUUUGGCACCCCCAGAGAGCGCAACCGCGUCACUCCAGCAUCUAGCCGCUGAAUAUACCAGUCAUCCAUCCACCUCCUAUUCUUCCUAUCAUGUAGGAGCAGGCACAACGUCAGCACCCCCCUCAUUUGCCUCACCGCUACCUGUGCGGGCUGGUGGCCCCCUCGACUGGAUCAACAACGUCAAGUCACCGACGCAGUCCGCUCGGCGCGUGAGUCCUUUCCCAGGCCCGAGCUCUGCGCUCCCGUCUCUCUCACCGAGAGAUUUCGAACAGCAGAGUGAUACGGCGACCGGUAUUACGUCUGCAUACGGGUCGGCUGGGGGCAGAGCGGGGCUGCCGAUUUCGCCGCCGAUGUACCCACCAUCCUCAAAUGGUGUGACUACCGGGCCAGAAACUCCUCCAUGGGACACUUCAUUUUUAUCUCCGCCGCCGGCGCCGGGUAGCGGCAGGUCACCUCAAACCCAGGUGUCGUCCUCACAAAACGUUCCCGCGGGCUUGCCAAUGACGUUUUAUGGCGGUGUACAGUCAGACAGUGCCCCAUGGAUAUUCUACAGAUAA